AUCCAACACUUUCUAAUUCUUCACAUUUCCAUUUUUUCAUUCAAAUCUCCCACAACAAACAAAACUAAAAAUGGCUUCUUCAAGCGGAAGCCUAAACACUUCUGCAAACAAUUCCAAUCACCACAUCUUCUCCCCUUCACAAUUCAUGUCUACUUCCUUCACCGAUCUUCUCUCUCCCAACAAACAACAAGAGGAGGAGGAAGAAGACGCCAUGAGCCGACCCAAAUCUCGUUUCAGUUGGGGUAUGAAUUCAGACAUACUUAGCAAAAAUAUCGAAAUCCCAAAAUACAAGUCUUUCCCACCUUCCUCUCUCCCUCUCUCCCCUCCCCCUGUCUCUCCUUCCUCCUACCUCUCCAUUCCUCCUAGCUUGAGCCCUUCCAUCCUCCUAGAUUCUCCUGUCCUUUUCUCGUCCUCCAACGUUCUUCCCUCUCCGACCACCGGGAGCUUUGCUGCCAAGGAGGAGGAGAGGAAUUAUUCGGAUUUCUCUUUUCAAUCUCAAACAAGGAAUUCAAAUCCAUCUACCAUGUUUACAUCCAAUCCUAUGCAGGAUUCAUACAGAAGGGAACAAGAACAAAACCUCAACACAUUCCUCAACAAACAAGCUGAGUUUCCAACAACACAACCUUUGUCCAAAUCCGAACAACAUGGUUUCUCACAAGACUUCCCCAUCCAUGGAGAUCAACCUGCACAACAACCAGCCCAAAUUCCAUUUCAACAACAGCCACAGUAUGCCAGAGAGCAGAGGAAAUCCGACGACGGCUACAACUGGAGGAAAUACGGCCAGAAACAAGUGAAGGGGAGCGAGAAUCCUCGUAGUUACUACAAGUGCACGUUCACCAACUGUCCGACCAAGAAGAAGGUCGAACGCAAUCUCGAAGGACACAUAACCGAGAUCGUGUACAAGGGCAGCCACAAUCAUCCCAAGCCACAGUCCACGCGACGAUCAUCCUCCAACGCCCUGCACAAUCCCGCCUACACGGGAAUGCCAAGCCAGCCCUUGGUCGAGAACGACCAGGUGGAUCCCGUCACGACUCCUGAAAACUCGUCCACUUCCUUUGGAGAGGAGGAGUUCGAGCAGGGCUCAUCGAUGCACGACGAUGACAACGAGCCCGAAGCUAAGAGAUGGAAAGGGGAGAAUGAUAGUGAGGGUGUUUCGGCCGCUGGGAGCCGGACGGUUCGUGAGCCGAGGAUCGUGGUGCAGACGACGAGCGACAUCGAUAUUCUCGACGACGGCUACAGAUGGAGGAAGUACGGCCAGAAAGUGGUGAAGGGCAACCCCAAUCCUAGGAGCUACUACAAGUGCACGUACAACGGGUGCCCAGUGAGGAAGCACGUGGAGAGGGCGUCCCACGACCUGAGGGCGGUGAUCACCACGUACGAGGGGAAGCACAACCACGACGUUCCAGCAGCACGGGGCAGUGGGAGCUACAACAUGACCAGGCCUCAGGCAGUAUCAGGCAACGGUAGCGCGCCCACGGCUAUAAGGCCAGCUGCCAUGGCUGGACAUACCAACGGGGUGCAUUACCCCAACCCUGCCAGGCUGCAGGCGGACCACAACCAAACCCCUUACACGCUGCAGAUGCUGCACAACAACGAUAAUAGCUAUGGCUUCUCGGGUUUUGGGAACUCUGCAGGGCCUUACAAUAAUCAGAUGCAGCAGCAUACGGACAAUUCCAUGUCCAUAGCCAAGCAAGAACCUAAAGAAGACUCGUUUUUCGAUUCUUUCCUCAGCUGAAGGGUGACGGCGCAGUUAGUUCUCAGCUAUGAUUAGUGAUGUACAACAACAUUACUCACACUUUGUGCUGUAUAUGUAAUAUCUUGUAAUAGGAUUUAGAUAAAAUUUCUUUAUUUUUUUUAGCCAUUGAAACUUGGAACAGUGGCCUCAUAUAAGGUUUAGUGCAAGAAAAGAAAACUAGAAUAAGGAACAUACAUUAUAGUGAUCAAUUUUCUUCAUUUA